AUGGCAGGGAAUCUGGAUCAUCCUGCCUUGUCAAAUCUUGCAGAUGAACUUUUGAAGAGGCUAGAACAGUUGGAAGAAAAUAUUCAACCAUUGGCAGUACCUAGAAGAUUUGAGCCCCUAGUUACUCGUUUAUGUGAAGGUUCGGAUGACGUUAAGAUAGAGAUGGAAUCUAUUCUGGGAAGGAUGACUUUAACUGACUCCAUCAAAGAAGAACUUGCCAGGAGAAGUGCAAAGAUACUUGUUGGGUUUCUCUCUAACCCUGAAGCUCAAAGGGCAAGCUUGAAAGCCUUGUGUAACCUACCAACUUUUGAUGACAAUGCAACUAUCCUUGUUGAUGCUGAUGCACUUCCCGUGCUCACCGAUAUACUUUUGAAGAAUGAGAUAUCUGCUGCAAUAGUUUCAAGUCUCUUAAAGCUUCUCUCAGUUGUCUCUUCUCAAGCUCAAGCUUCUAUACUCCAAAUUCUUUAUGGAAUAGCAUCAUCUCCGAGGGCUGCAGAAUCAGUUUCAAAUAGAAUAAAGAAUGUUGAUAGCAUCAAAACAGUUUUACAUUAUCUUGAGCACCCGGAAGUUGGACAUCGAAUCAGUGCUUAUAGACUAACAAGAUUUCUCUAA